UUUGAUCAGCCGAUAUUUUUUAUUGUAUCUAUAAAUCUACAUUUUCUAAGGUGACUUCGCUUGGCGUUUUGCCAUUGUGCAGCGCGCAAACACAAGUAUAAUCUUUGUUUUUAUUUUUCAUGUACUAUACCUAAAUCUGCUAAUCUGCAUACAUAUAAGCGGUUAUAUUAUUAUUAUACAAUCCGGUUAAAUGUUGCAAAAGGUUUAGUUAAGGUUCAUAGUACGAGAGCUUGUACUAUAAUUGGUUUUGUCCGCCAAUGGGUCAGUAUGUUAAUAUGUCAUAUUGAUCUUUGUUUUUUUAGUAACAUUUAUUUAUGUACUCAUGCAAUAUAUACUUUUAUUACGAAGUUAUAAAUUACAUAUUUUGUGUUCGUUACAAAGCGACGUUGUUUUAAUAAAAUUAUUCGCAAUAGAUAUAGCGAAGUUAGAAAUUACACUUUGUUUCACAUUUGCUAUUUGAAACUUGAGAUAUGUCCUUAGAUGAUGUCGCGGUGCCAGCGCUUGGCCUAAUAGGGAAGUUGGCGCAAUCACUUGGCGUUAAUGAAGCUGCGCUGCGUUUGUUGCUCUCCAUUUUUGGAGGCUACGGUAUUACUAUUUUAUAUCGCAAACAUGUCGUACGUCAACCCAAUAAACAACUGCAUCACCUUUAUUUCGUCAUCUGCGGUUUGUUGAUUUGCCUAUUUAAUUUUGGCGUUGACACAUAUCAUUCACUAAUAGCAAUAACUACAACGUAUAUACUGGCUCGUUUACUUCGUAGUUGCCCACGUGAAUUUAAAAUUUUAAACUUCAUUUUUCAUAUGUCAUAUCUGCUUGUUGGCUACCAUUUUACAGAAAGUGAUGAAUAUGACAUACUUUGGACUAUGCCGCAUUGUGUGCUGGUGCUGCGUUUAAUCGGCUUUGGUUUUGAUUUAGCAGAUGGUCUUAAAGAGCAUGACAAACUUUCUAAAGAGCAAAAGGAGUGUGCUCUGGCAGAGCUACCUUCAGCACUCGAAUUAUUUGCAUUCGCUUAUUUACCAUGUUCUUUUCUAAUUGGACCACAAUUUCCAUAUCGACGUUAUAAGCGUUUCAUUGAAGGUGAAUUCAAGCAGCACGAUGGCAACUUGGAGGCAGGCCUCAAGCGUAUGUCAGUAGGAUUUGUGUACUUAAUUGUUAGUCAAAUCGGUGCUGUAUACUUCCCCAACUCUUAUAUUCUAUCGGAUGAUUAUGCGAAGGUGUCAUAUUUUUGGCGUCUAGCCUAUUUGGGCAUAUGGGCGAAAGUGGCAAUUUACAGGUAUGUUGCAUGCUGGCUACUAACGGAGGGUGCGCUCAUAAUUCUGGGCAUAUCCUAUGCAGGCAAGCAGGAAAAUGGCAAACACGAUUGGUCUGGUUGCUCUAAUGUUAAUCUGAUAAUAUUGGAGACAGGCUACACCAUGCAGCAUUACGUACACUCAUUCAAUAUAAAUACAAAUCAAUGGCUCGGUCAAUACGUUUAUAAACGACUUAAGUUUCUUAACAAUCGUACGAUUAGUUAUGCAGCGGCUUUGGGCUUCUUGGCGGUCUGGCAUGGCUUCCACAGUGGCUACUACAUGGCUUUCCUCAAUGAAUAUAUGACCGUGACGGUGGAGAAACAAUUUGCCAGCGUCUGGGCGAAAACCAAUAUUGACAUGUACGCGGAUAUUGUUAGUCCUCCAUUUGUUUACCCUGCACUUAAGUAUUUCGUACAAAAGCUCUACGAUCUCUUCGUUAUUGGUUGGUGUAUGACACCCUUCAUAUUGCUCAGUUAUUCGCGUUGGAUGAAGGCAUAUAGCGCCGUCAAUUAUUUUGUGUUGAUUGGUGUGUUGGUUUGGACAAUUUUUUAUCAAACUUACAAAUAUUAUGCACGUGCCGCAAAACGACGCGAACAAGAUUCAACCUUCGGUCGUGCCACAACACUUUCGCCAAUAAUCAACGAUGGCGCACAUAACAAACGAGAUUAGUAAAAGUACUUAACAAUAAUUAGGCGUUUUUAAUCCAACCGUUGAUUAAUAUUAAAAUUGUAAAAAUAUAUAGCUACUAAUAUUUUAAGAGCACUUAUGUAUUAACUGUGCAAGUGAAAAAGGCUGUUAAAAAGUGAAAGACAUAUUUUUUAUAAAUCUUAAAGAGUUUGUCGCACCCAAAUUGACUAUUGUGUAUCAAAGAAUAAUAAUAAAAAAAAACAAACAGCUGCUUGGCGCUAACGUUUGAAGUUGUAA